GAAAAGAAAAUUUCAAAAUUUAAUUGUGAACGAAAUAUAGGAAGGAAAAGGCACAGAAAUCGGAUCAGAAACAAAGCUGUGAGCAAAGCAACCGUUGAAUGUGAAGAUGAUGCGCAGCCGCAGCACAAGAGGUAUGCUUUCUUCUCUUCCCUCUACUCAUCUUGCUGUUCCACUUGCACUCAUCAACAAUUUCAUAUCUUUGUUUCAUUCGAGAGGAACCCAUCGACCCAAUAUUAUUGUGAGUAAUGUUGAGGAUGCCUCCAUGUUGUUCCAUCAAAUGCUUCACUCCCGUCCUCUGCCUUCUUCCGUUGUCCCUUUCACUCAGAUAUUGGGUCAACUCGUCAAAUUGAAGCACCAUUCGGCUGUCAUCCCUCUCUUUAAACAAAUGCUUCCGCGUCGAAUUGUUCCUAAUCACUAAUCACUAAUCGAUGAAGCAAUGGACCUCUUCUCGGAAAUGAUUACCAGAGGUAUUGCUCCAAACGUCGUUACUUACAACUGUUUGAUUCAAGGAGUUUGCAAUUUAGGCCAGUGGAAACAAGCUACGAGGUUGUUGAACGAAAUGGUGAGUAAAGGUAUCUUUCCAGAUGUCCGCACCUUCAAUAUCUUGGUUGAUGCUCUUUGUAAGGAAGGGAUGGUCGUGGAAGCCAAAACUGUGGUUCAAAUGAUGAUUCAAAGACAUAUUGAACCUACUGUCGUUACAUACAACUCACUUAUGGACGGUUACUGUUUGCGAGGAGCAAUGGAUGAGGCAGGACAAGUUUUUGAUCUUAUGAUUAGCAAGGCCUCCAUGGUUGAUGUUCGGAGUUGUAACAUAUUGAUUAACGGAUAUUGCAAGGCUAAAACGGUUGAUAAGGCUCACGAGAUUUUCAAGGAAAUGCGUCGUAUGGAACUUGUUCCCGAUACCAUUACUUAUAACACUCUUAUUGAUGGUCUUUUCAAAAUGGGGAGAAUUCAAGAAGCAGAAAAGCUGUUCUCUGAGAUGCUAGGUUGUGGACAGCUUCCAAACCUUCGAACUUACACUGUGAUACUUGAUGGCCUGUGUAACAACCAGCAACUUUCUAUGGCAAUAGAAUUGCUUAAAGAAAUGGAAGCCAACAAAGUAGAACUUAAUGUCGUAGUUUACACUCUUGUUAUUGAAGGUUUGUGCAAAGCUGGAAAAAUUGAAUCCGCAAGAGAUCUCUUCUGUGGUUUGUCGUCAAAAGGAGUUCAGCCUAAUGUCAGAACAUACACUGUAAUGAUUCAUGGACUUUGUCAUCAUGGUUUAAUAAUUGAAGCAGAAAAGUUGCUGAGAGAAAUGGGAGGGAAAGGAUGUUUUCCAAAUGAUUGCACCUAUAACACCAUUAUCCGAGGGUUGUUAAAUAACAAUGAGACGUCAUGGGCUACGAGACUUAUACAAGAAAUGAUUGAGAGGGGUUUCUCUGCAGAUGCAUCAACUAUGGAAUUGAUUGUUGAUUUAUUGUCGAAGGAUAUAGUAGAUCCGGCUUUGUUGCAGCUGUUAAAAGAUUCACGAUAAAGUUGGUUUGAACUCUAUUAAGCUCAGGUUCCAAGAUACUAGAGUUGGACUUCAUCAGAAGAGUUGUAGCACCCCUGCAAUGGUGAUAGGUACUGAAUGCUGAUAUCCAUGGUGGCAUGUGCUUGUAACUAUUCAUUUUUUAAGAUGGGCUACCAACCAAAAGUAUAAUUGUUGUACUAAUUAGAUUGUAAUUGAGCUCUUUUUGUUUCUUAUUAUACCGUGAGGCUGAUGUCUAGUUGAUAAACAGACACUGAACAAAACUUGGUCAUGUGAUUGGAUUGGUUUCUGUAAUCCAGCUUUGUUCCCGCUGUUAAAAGAUUCAUGAUAAAGUUGAUUUGAACAUUUGAAACA